AUGGAUCGAUCAUUAUCUUUCGCCGAAUUCAGCUUUUUGGCAGACGAUCCUCAGACGAAGUCAUUCAGCCCAAGUGCUACACCAGCGCAUGCUCCAAAUCAGUACGCAAACUACGGCUUCAUUGCUGUCUUAGGUCUUGCUCAAAGGUUACGCUUGCCCUUCUUGCCUAUAACAUGGCAGGCAACGCUGGGCCGAAUAGGAAGGGGUGGCCAGGCCGAGAUCAAUCAGGCUCUAGCCAAUGUCCAGACGAGUUUUGCAUUCAAACGCUUCAAGCAUCCAAACACCGAUCCCUUCAGAGAGAUUAUUCAAGAGAUGGUAGUACUCAGCCACCCUGUAAUCCGACAACACGAACACAUUGUUCCGUUAGAGGGGAUCUGCUGGGAUAUUCCACAACAUAAUGAGGUAUGGCCGGUCCUGGUCUUCGAAAAGAGUCACCUUGGAGAUCUUUGCGAAUUUGCAAAGUCAGAGAAUUUCAAAAAUCUAUCAAUUCAGGAUAGAUUUACAAUCUGUGCGCACGUUGGAAUUGCCAUCAGAGACAUGCAUCGCAAUAGAAUUGUCCACGGAGACAUUAACCCUCGAAAUGUGCUUAUAUUCGACGAAGGUUCUCAGUUCAUUGCCAAAGUGGCGGAUUUCGGGUUCACUACAUGCUUUCAGGGCGACAGUGACCUGAUUUCAAUACCAAAAAAGGAGCCUUGGAAUGCACCGGAACACCAUCACCGUCACUUUAGACCCGAGCAAGCUAAGCAAAUGGAUGUUUACUCAUUUGGUAUGCUAUGUUUCUGGCUAAUCUAUGAGGCGGGGUCCUCUGGAGGUCUGCCGCUACCUCCCAAUACGGUUUUAGACAGUGGUCAAUCUGUUAGCUUCGAUCGAUGCUUGUCAGAAACGAAUGUGCUCCUAGACUGGAAGAGCGAUAGCAACAAUACGCUGAUGAAAUUCGUUUGCUGGCUAGUGCAUGAAGACAGGCGCUUAAACAGCAGCGUAAAUGCUGAUCUAUUCAUCUUGUUCAGCACACGUUUACAAGUUUCUAGCAUUUUGCCGAAAACAGAACCUAUUCGAAUAAGCUCUGCUCCAAAGCAAGAAGAUUUCGAGAUUCCUUUUUCGAUUUCCGAGUUCUAUGAUGCAGACUUUCGGCUAAGGGAAUUCAUUAUCGAAUGUCUUGAAUCUACAGCCAUAGUGUCAACAAAAUCAACUAUUCAGCAUGUAUCACCACGGAAAGCAGCUUUGCAAUUAGCAUUGUCUUAUACUAUUGGCUUUGGAACAAUCAAAGAUGACAACCGAGCGACGUUCAUCCUGCAUGAACACUGCCUGGAACACAUAGACCUGAAAAGCCAGAUCCAACUGGUCAAGGGCGGUAUCCAAGCAUCUUCAUAUGACGGUCAAGUGUUUUCAGUAUUACAACGCCGAGGGCCAAUUCAGUAUAUCGACUUCCCUCAACACUACCGUGAAAAGGAAUUGCUGGAGAGAGCCGAAAUUAGUUGUGAACGGGAUAUUCAGAGCAUUGGCCUGGUCUUUGGCCAGUCACAUAUGCUAUGUUCUAAAGUGAAAGCCCGGCUAGCAACGAUAAUAAAAGAUCAGGGUCGAUGGAAAGAGUCUGAAGAAUUGGAGGUGCAGGUGAUGGAAGCGAGCUCGAGAAUGUUGGGCUAUUCGCAUCCUUCUACACUGAACAGCAUGGCUAGUCUAGCCUCAACAUACUGGAAUCAAGGGCGCUGGAAGGAGGCUGAAGAGCUGCAAAUGCGAAUGAUACAGAAAAGUCUGAUGGUGCUGGGCGAAGAGCACCCAAAUACAUUGAGGAGCAUGGCCACUCUUGCCUUAAUAUGCGGGGAUCAGGGACAAUGGAAGGGGGCUGAAACACUGAACGUGCGAGUAAUGGAGACAAGGAAGAGGGUGCUGGGCGAGGAGCAUCCAGACACGCUGAGCAGCAUAACCAACCUUGCCUUGAUCUACUACAAACAAGGACGAUGGAAAGAGGCUGAAAAGCUGAGCAUGCGAGUGCUAGAGAGAAAGAAGAGGGUGCUAGGCGAGAAGCAUCCUUCCACGCUGACCAGCAUGCACAAUCUAGCAGAGGCGUUGAGCAGUCAAGGCAACCUCAGAGAGGCUGAGCGAAUCCAUCGACAAACAUUGCUGCUGAGGGAAACCGCGCUGGGCAAGCAGCAUCCAGAUACGCUGACGAGCAUGAGCAACCUGGCAGUCUUAUUAUGCAAUCAAGGCAGCUACAAAGAAGCUGAACAGAUCCAUCGACAAGUAUCGGGAUUGAGGGAAACAGUGCUGGGCAAGCGACAUCCAGAUACGCUGACAAGCAUGAACAACCUGGCAGAGGUAUUAAACAGUCAAGAUGCCUUCAGAGAGGCCGAGCAGAUCCACCAACAAGUAUUAGCGUUAAGGGAAACAGCGCUAGACAAGAACCAUCCUGAUACACUGAUUAACAUGGAUAAUCUAACAGAGACGUCAAGCAAUCAAGACAAUCUCAAAGAUGCCGAACAGAUCCAUCGACAAACCUUAGCGUUGAGAGGAACAGUGUUAAACAAGGACUACUCUGACACGCUAACUAACACGAACAAUCUGACAGAUGCGUUGAACAGUCAAGACAGCUUCAUAGAGCUCAAAGAAAUACAUCGACAAACGUCAGCGUUAACAGAAACAGUGCUAGAUAAGGACUAUUCUGAUAUACUGGCUAGUAUGGAUAAUCAGGCAGAGACAUUAAGCAAUCAAGGCAACUUCAGAGAGGCCGACCAGAUCCAUCGACAAGCGUUAGCAAUAAGAGAAACAGUAUUAGGCAAGGACCAUCCUAAUACACUGGCCAGUAUGAACGAUCUUGCAGAAGUGUUAAAUAAUCAAGGCAGCUUUAAUGAGGCUGAACGAAUCCAUCGACAAGCCUUGGGGUUGAGAGAAAGAGUGCUGGGCAAGCAGCAUCCAGAUACGCUGACGAGCAUGAGCAACCUGGCAGCCUUAUUAUGCAAUCAAGGCAGCUACAAAGAAGCUGAACAGAUCCAUCUACAAGCCUUAGGGUUAAGAGAAACUGCGCUGGGUAAGCAGCAUCCAGAUACGCUGAUGAGCAUAAAUAGCCUGGCAGCCUUAUUAUGCAGUCAAGGCAGCUACAAAGAAGCUGAACAGAUCUAUCAACAAGCCUUGGGGUUGAGAGAAACAGUGCUAGGCAAGCAGCAUCCAGAUACGCUGUCGAGCAUGAAUAAUCUGGCCCUUGUAUUAAGCAGUCAAGGCAGUCAUAAUAAAGCUGAAGAAAUUCAUCGAGAGGUUUUUGCGUGGAGAUAUACAGUUUUAGGCAAACAACAUCCAGAUACGCUGAUGAGCAUGAGUAAUCUGGCAGAUGUGUUGAAUAUUCAAAGCAAAUACGAUGAAGCCGAAGAAAAGUAUCGAGAAGUCAUAACAUUGAGAGAAACAGUGUUGAGCAAGCAGCAUCCAGAUACGCUGAUAAGUAUGGACAAUCUGGCCAUUAUGUUGAACAAUCAAGGCAGCUUCAAAGAGGCCGAACGGAUUCACCAACAAGCGUUCGUGUUAAGGGAAGCAGCGUUAAACAAACAACAUCCAGAUACGGCGACAGUUGUUUUUAGCAAUCAAGACAAAUCUGAAGAAAGCUAUCGACAAGCAUUAGCGUCAAGGAAAGCAGUGCUAGGCAGGAAUCAUCCUGAUACACUAACGAGCAUGAACAGUCUGGCACUUGUGUUAAGCAGUCAAGGCAGCCAUAAUGAAGCCGAGGAAAUCCAUCGAGAGGUGGUUGCGCGGAGGAAUGCAGCGCUAGGCAAGUACCAUCCAGCUACGUUGAUGAGCAUGAACAAUCUAGCAGACGUGUUGAGCAUUCAAAGCGAGAACGAUGAAGUCGAAGAAGCAGUAGCGCUGAGGGAAAUUGUCACGGAAUGUGUUGGGAGCGGUCCAUUCGCGGCGAUCCAUUCGGCAAAGAUCCAUUCGGCGUUUGAAUCUUGA